UAUCGAAUACACAGUGCUUUCAACAUACAAAAAUUGUGAUAAAAUAAAAAAAAGCCACAAAAAAUCUCAUUCUAGACUAAUUUAUUUAAUUUAAUUAUUUUCCGUGUUUCGAUUGAUAUCCAGAGACUAAAUUCCCAACAACCGCAACAAUGGAUUAUUCAAAGAAGCGUCGUGCCAACGGUCUUGGAACGUUGAGUGAAGAGAGCACCGAUGAUGAGACUGAUUUUGUGCCGCCACCAGAGAAGAAACAAUAUGCCGAAAAUUAUUCGGCAAAAUCACUUCGGAUGAUGCAGAAAAUGGGUUUCACUGGCGAAAAAGGUUUGGGAAAACAAGGCCAAGGUCGAUUAGAGCCGAUUGAAGCGUCAACACAAAAAGGACGUCGUGGUUUUGGUCUUAAAUUAGACGGUCUUGAUUUGGCCGCAACAAAAUGGACACCAGACAUGGAAAAUAUGCAAUUACGUGAAACAGUCACAUUUAUUUCCGACUAUUCCGAUGAUUUGGAAACAAAAUCAUUUGACGAGCUGCGAGCAUGGAUGGUUGAAGGAUCAAAGAAGCUUACAAUUGACGAUGAAACUCAAUUUUGUAAUCCGAACGUGCUGAGAAAUGUGUUGGCGUCGAAAAGUGUAUUCGAUAAGUUGGGAGCCGACGAUAUGAGAAAUGCUCGCACGAGAUCCAAUCCGUUUGAGACGAUAGGCAGUGCUAUUUUUUUGAAUCGAGCAGCAGUUAAAAUGGCCAACUUGGAUGCAGUGUGCGAUUUCAUGUUUACAAAUCCACUCGAUGAAGAUGGAAUGCCACUUGUAAAAGAGAAUGAACUAUUGUAUUUUGCCGAUGUUUGUGCCGGCCCUGGUGGUUUUUCGGAAUACGUGUUAUGGCGUAAACAAUGGCACGCAAAGGGAUUCGGCUUCACAUUGCGUUGUGAGAAUGACUUUAAGCUUGAUAAAUUUUUGGCCGGCCAUCCAGAAACUUUUGAUACAUUUUACGGUAUUAAAGAAGAUGGUAAUGUGUAUGAUCCAGACAACAUUGAAUCUCUCACGGAUUAUGUGCUCAAACAAACAUCGUCGGGUGUUCAUUUCAUGAUGAGCGAUGGUGGUUUUUCGGUCGAAGGCCAAGAGAAUGUACAAGAAAUCUUAUCAAAACAAUUGUACUUAUGUCAAUGUCUAACAGCACUCUCAAUCGUCCGCGUCGAUGGUCAUUUUGUGACGAAACUUUUCGAUUUAUUUACACCGUUCAGCGUGGGACUCAUUUAUCUCAUGUAUAAAUGUUUCAAAAAGAUCAGCAUUAUUAAACCAAACACAAGUCGGCCAGCGAAUUCCGAGCGAUAUUUGGUGUGCAAGUGGAAGAAAUCCAACACAGAUGCAAUUCGACAGUAUUUAUUUGAGGUUAACGAAAAAUUGUAUGACAACUGUAAUCCAGAGUUGGACAUCAACGAGUUGGUCCCUUUUGAGGUGAUACAAAACGAUGAGAUAUUCUACGAAUACAUUUGUGAAAGUAACAAUGUAAUCGGCGAAAAUCAAGUAGUUGCUUUGCUCAAAAUCGCCCAUUUCAGUAAGGACACAAAUUUACGGGAGCCAAAGCAAGAAGAGUUCAAAAGCGAGUCGCUUUCCUUUUGGAAUGUACCGAAUGAAAUGCGUAAAGCACCCGCAAAACCACCAACAGAUCAAAUAUUCAAAAAUCUUAUGGAUACUUGGUAUGGAGAGAGACAAUUGUUGUUUACAUCAGUCGAACGGCGUCUAACACUCCAAACAAAUUUCAAAGAUACAUUUUUUGACAAAACAGACUGGGCAUUCGUUCCUAUCGACGUGGUUGAAAAUGUCGGCAAAACGAUACGAACAUUUUUCAUGAGCAAAGGCAAUUCGGAUGUCUUUAAAUACACAAACAAUCACACAUGGGAACCGCUGACAGAAAUAUUUAUUGAAAUUACACCAAAUACAUUAUUCUAUGGAGAAAUCGUUAAGGAGUUGACCGGCGAAGGUGGCUCCCAAACAAUGGUAUAUGCAAUGCAUAUAAUUGAUGGCAUCGUUCUGGGCGGCAUGAACAUUCGAAAUUUCAAACUGGAGAAACGCAAUCGACUGUGUCGCAAAUUUGCCGAAUCGUUAAAUAAACCACCGAAAAACAUUGGGAUCAACAGUGAUCGAGUUAAAAGUACAGCAGCAAUUCGAUGCAAAACACUCUAUCCACUGCUGGAUUUACGACGAUUUUUCGGCUCUCUUACUAAUUACCGACUGAAAGAUGGCAAAGUUCGGCUUGGCCAUCUUGUUCGUGAUCUUAUGAAUCCAAAUCGAUUUUAUGUGCCGCGCGGAAUUUUAAUAUUCAAAAUUUUAAAACCGAAUUUAUGCAAACGAUUCGAUCCACAACGUCAAGAUUAUUAUUACACCGAUAUGCAAAAGAUUCCGAACCAACACUUUCAUCUCAGCGAUAUACCGGAUCCCGAAAUGGUGUACAGCUCAUUUCGAUCAACAUAUCAACAUCGAAAACUUUGGAAAUGGGAGGAUCCACUACAAGUUGAAGAAAAAAUUAAUGAUGCAUGUCGUCGACCGGACCUACUCUAUCGAGUAGACUUUGAACGAUUCAUUUAUAAUGAUUUUUAAUUUUUUGUAUAAAAGCAACAAUGGACGUCUAAAAUAAAUAUUUUAACAUUGUUUCCAUCAA